GGACGGUUUCCAAUGCUGGGUCUUCAUCGUCGAUCGGCUAACCACGAAUCGGACUUGAGUGACGCCAUACGGGAAUCAGGCGGCGACCUGGGGAUUUCGAUUUCUCCGGCUUCAAUUCAGGUAGAGCUUAGUUAAUACAACACUUAAUCGAGUGUGUCUUACAACCAAGUUUUAAGCACACCCAUCUCUAAUCAGUCUAUCAAUAUUUUGCACCAGUUCAGAUAGGUUAAGCCAAAGCUGAGGGUAUUUUCUCUAUUAUCUUCAAGAAGGUAUUUCUUUUACUCACAUCUUUUUUUUCCUUUUUUUAUGUCUAUGAGCAUUUGAGGUGAAGAUAUAAUUUCCAGUUUAAAAUCUUUCAAUAGGCUUUUUGUGUGUGUGUGGGUGGUGGGGGAGGGGUUAAGAUAUAUUUUUUUUACACUAAAUAAACUUUUGGUUAUAUA